UGAAUAUAAUAAUUUGAGGUUAUGUUGAAAUUUGAAAAAAUACAAAAAAUUGCGUUUUUUAUGCAUUUUACGUUUCUUAAUACAGCGUUGACGACUCCAAGUUACCACAAUGUCGAUGAAUCAGUACAUGCACCCAAGAAACAUCUAUAAGCAGCCCCCCAACUUCAAACAACUUGCUAUACAAUACCCCGACUUUAGAAAACACGCAACCCAAGACCUAUCAGGGAAAAUCACCAUCGAUUUCAAAAACGUGGAGGCGCUGCGCGCCCUCACUUGUACCCUACUAAAAAAGGACUUCGGUUUGGACAUCCAAAUCCCCCUAAACAAACUAAUACCAACCGUGCCCCUCAGACUCAACUACAUUCUCUGGAUUGAAGACCUGCUCAGCGUUGCCGGUCGCACCGACAACAUUAAAGGUAUAGACAUUGGAACGGGGGCCUCGUGUGUGUACCCCACUAUAGCCGCCAAGAAAAACCAGUGGACAAUGUUAGCCACUGAGAUUGACCCCGAAAGCAUCAAAUUCGCAACGGAAAACGUCAAACGCAACUCCCUCCAGAACCUCGUCACGGUAAUCCAAGUCAAAGACACCCUUUUGAACGAAGCAGUCAAUCAACACCCCCAUGAGUACGACUUCUGCAUGUGCAACCCCCCGUUUUUCUCAACCACGCAAGAACUGCACCCGUUUUUCAAAGCCCGGAAGCAGAACAGACCACACCCCAGGAACGCGUUUUGUGCGUCAGUGGAUGAAGUGGUGGCUAAAGGGGGUGAAGUCGACUAUAUCAGUCGACUGAUCAACGAAAGCAAGACUUUAGGUACACAAAUCAAAAUUUAUUCGAGUAUGGUGGGCCACAAAUCGACGUUGCCCCCUUUGAAAAAAUUGUUGAGAGAAGUGGAAGUUGUUAGUUUCAAACAGACGGAGUUCUGUCAGGGUCACACCACCCGGUGGGGGCUAGCGUGGACGUUCGCCGAUAUCGAUUUAACGAAAAUCCCGGAUUCUUUGGUUGUGGCUAAACACAAGUUGCCGAAACCGCUUUAUUAUGAAGUGCCUAAACGUGAUGAGGUUCCGUAUAAACUUGCCACGGUUUCUGAAAGACUUGUCGAGAUCUUCAGGGGGCUCCAGUUUGAUUAUCAAGAAAUCAAGCACGUUAGUAAUUUGGUGGAGUUUGUUAUUACGGCGUUUGCGGACACGUGGUCACACCAGAGGAGAAAAAGGAGGGAGAGGUUGAGGGUUAGUGAGUCUUCAGUGACCCUCAGUGAGGACUCAAAUUGUGAUAAUAAUAAUUUAAGUGGGAGCGAUAUUCACAAAACUUGCGAUAAGUUGGCGGAACUGAAUUGCGAGGAGUCGGGGGCGGCGGUCAAGAGGGGGUUGGAGGAUGACGGGUUUUAUAAGAAGAAGAGGUUGAAAACUGAUUUGGAGGAUAAUAUUUCGAGUAAGGUUUAUUUGAAGGCGAAGAUUGGGGUGAUGAAGACGGAUUCGUGUAUUGGUUUGGAGCUGACGUUUUUUGAGGGGACGGGGACGAAGGAGGCGAUGCAUCAGGUUCUUCAGUAUUUGAAGAAUAAUUUGAUGAAGAAGGAGUGAAUGGUUUAAGUUGGGUUUUUGUAAAGGAAAGGAGAGUUAAGAUUUUUUUUUAUUUUUUGGGUUGGAUGAAGAGUGGAAGUAUUUAUUUUUAGUAGGAAAUAAAAAAAUAAAAGUGGAA